AAAAAAAAAAAAAAGAAAAAGAAAAAAACCCAAAUAAGCUUGCUGGGCAAUCUUUUCAAAACCAGAAUCCAAUACUAUGAAUACAGUACAUUCCAAGCUAACCAAUAACUCAUUAACAGAGCAAAAAGUAAUACUAAUCCCUAAUCCCCAUGAAUUUCGUAAUCGAGAUCAAGAGAUCUGCCCAACAGCCGACUUCGGCUGAAAUUGUUGCUUCAAUUGAUGACAUUUUACAGCAGAUUCUAUUAGGCCUCCCCAUAAAAUCACUCGUACGGUUCAAAAGUGUCUCCAAGCACUGGAUUUCCUUGAUAUCCAACCCACAGUUCGCCAUCCUUCACGGCCACAAUCCCAAACCACCGUUAGGCUUGUUCUUGCAAGAUACAAGCUCUUUGGAAUACCUUCACUGUGACCCCCACAAUCCAAUCAAUCCUCCUCUUUCAACUCUUGAAUUUAUCAAGGAUCCAACUAUCACAGGGUCCACAAGGAUCCUCCAGUCUUGCAAUGGCCUAUUGCUCUGUUCAAGUUCCCAAAAUUACUAUGUCUUUAAUCCCACCACGAAGCAGUUCAGAACAAUUCCGACCCCAUCUCCUCGACGAAGCAUUCGUGGAGUAGGCUUGGCUUUUGAUCCGGUGAAAUCCCCUGUCUACAAAGUUGUUUGCAUCCGGGAUGCCGACUUGGUUCCGGGUUCUUAUCAGAUUGAAAUCUACUCAUCCGAUAAUGGUUGUUGGAGAGUUUCAGGACAGCCAUUCCCAGCCGACCACGAUUUCAAACAUGGGGUUUAUUGCAACGGUGCAAUCAAUUGGCUCUGCAAUUUGCGCUACGAUAAUUUCCUGUACUUCAACGUCGAUGAGGAAAGACUUGGAGAAAUGCCACCACUAUAUACUGCAGAGUACCUGAGUGGCGACCUCGAGUUCUUCGGGGAAUCCGGUGGCCAUCUGCAUCUCAUUGAAGUGUACGGUCUUGUAGAGCCCGUGUUCACUAUUCAUGAAAUGAAAAGGGAUUAUUCUGGGUGGUUUCCAAAGUACGAGGUUGAUAUCUCAGCAGUUGCUAGAAUGUUUCCUGAAAUGAUUCAGGAUGAGGAUGAGUACGGACUUGAGUAUUUUCAAUUAUCAGUUCUUGCUGUGAUUAGGGAAGAAAAAGAGGAGGAUGCCUUCGUGGUUUUGCAGAUUCCUGGUAAGGCCAUUCGUUACAAUCUGGUGACCAAAACUUUCCACAAGCUCUGCGAUUUUGUUGAUGGUGCGGAAGAAGAAGAGAGAGGCAGCACCAGGUUGAGAUUUGACAAUUUCUGCGGUCAUCACUUCAUUGAGUCACUUUCUUGUGUUUGACAUUAGUGUUAGUAAAUUUGGCUUAGUUGGGUUUUUUAAAUGCUGAUUGAGGCUUAUCUUUAGGGAUAAGUUCAUAUUUUCCAGAUUAUUUGGAGUAGUUCAAUAUAUUCCAGUUUCCUCCUUUCUGUAUGCUCAAGUUUUAGGUCAGUUUCUUUCAAUUAAACUUUUCUCAAUCAACAAAGUUUGCAAAAUCAAUACUACAAU